UUGGUGCGAUGGCCUUCUCUCUUCUGGCUAUCCUGAUAUUAUCUCUCCACGCUCUCCCAUCCAUUGGCUGUCCAGUGGGAUGUCGCUGCUACAGCCUGACUGUGGAGUGUGGCUCUACGGGCCUCCGGGACAUCCCCUCACACGUCCCAGCUUCUACACAGACCAUCUUCCUUCAGGACAAUGCUAUCGGGCAGAUCCGUCUGUCAGACCUCUCCCAGCUGGGCCGUCUGCACUACCUGUAUCUGCAGAACAACAGUAUCUCAGCACUGGAGCCCGGGGCCUUCCAGAGCCAGGGUCAGCUUCUGGAGCUGGCCCUCAACGGGAACCGCAUCCACCUGGUCACAGCAGACAUGUUCAGGGGCCUGGAGCACCUCCGCAUCCUCUACCUGGCAGGAAAUGACAUCACUCGCCUACAGGACUAUACCUUCAGAGGCCUACAGCGUCUUCAAGAGCUUCACCUGCAGCAGAAUAGCAUUGAGAUUCUGGGAGACCAAGCUCUAGUUGGUCUGUCCUCUCUGGCCCUGCUUGACCUCAGCCGGAAUAACCUGCACACCAUCGGCCCUGCCACCCUGCGGCCCCUCGUCAGCCUGCAGGUGCUGCGUGUCACAGACAAUCCUUGGCGUUGCGACUGUGCCCUGCACUGGCUGCGCAGCUGGAUCGAUGAGGAGGGCCAGCGCCUGCUGAGCUCGGCCGAGCGGCGCCUUGUCUGUUCUGAGCCACCCCGCCUCUCCCACCUCAGCCUGGUGGAGGUGCCUCUUAACAGCCUGGUGUGCAUCCCCCCUCUGGUUCAGCUGGAACCCCGCCGCCUGGCCGUGCGCCUGGGGGAGAGCAUGCGCGUCUCCUGCCAUGCAUCUGGUUACCCCCGGCCGCAGGUCACCUGGAGGAAGGCUUCCCAGGGUAAGGUGCAGCUCUCCCCUCGGGGGCUGGUGCAGGACCUGGGCGGUGUAGGGACUGUGGGGGCUGAGGAUGCAAUACAUCCAGCUGCAGGACGGGUGAGACUCCAGAAGGAGGAUGGGGAGCGCUUCGAUCCAGACACUGGCAGUGGGAUGCUGUUCCUUAGCAACGUGACAGUGGCUCACGCCGGGCUGUAUGAGUGCGAAGCCUGGAAUGCUGGAGGGGUGGCCCGUGUGACCUUUCAGCUCGCAAUCAACUCUUCGUCCUCGUCCAGUUGGUCCCCUGCCUCCUACGCUCCAUCCUGGCCUCGUCUGCGCUCCAAUCGGCCGACGUCGUCAGACGUGAGUCGAGAGCCCUUGUACGCCCUUGGCAGCAUGGCCUUCAGCGCACUGGGAGCUGCUACUCAGACUGCCAUCGCCAUAGGGAUCUCCCUGCUGGCCCUCACAGCUCUUCUCCUGGUGGCCAUGAUCUACAGCCGACAACGCCAUCGGCAGAAGGACACAGAUGACAAGGAGGAAAGCAUCCUGUAUGUCAAUGAUUACUCGGACGGACCAACAACCUUUGCCCAGCUGGAGGAGUAUCGGGAUGAGCGCGGGCACGAGAUGUAUGUUCUGAACCGGGCUAAACCCGUCCUCCCACCUUCCACCACAGCCACUACCACCACUCUGGGGUACCAACAGCAGGAAGCACUGUCUCCCACAAAGCCCCAGAUAGAGCCGGAUAUACGGACAAUGAGAAGGAUGGCAGGGGAGGGCGGGGAGGCAGAGCCGGUGACAGCCGAGUCGGAGGGCUUGUUUCUGAAUCACACAGGCUUGUUCCUCGACUCACAAAUUGCAUAUGAGAUCCACUGCUGAAGGCCCCAAGGACGACGUUCACAAUGAGCUAGUCCAGAGUGCUUAAUGUCACUUGGUGACCAAACCUCCAGACUGCAAUGAGGGUUCAGAUGAAUCAUACAUCCUGAUUGCUCUUGCUCCAGAGUGACAAGUUUGAGCAGCAGUACGAUAUAAAGACAUGGCAGGAGACAUGCCUCCUUCAACCAAAACCCCCACUGUACUAUACUUUACUGUGAUAUGAGAAAAUUAGUCCUUUGUCCAGCUUGAACAUAUACUGUAGCUACUAUAGUAAGUAUGGAGAACCAUUUCAGUGGACUGAGUAAUGUAUGGUGGAGAGACCCUUAUUAUGACACUUCUGCUGUUUAUAAAAAGUAAACUGAAAUAAGGGCCUAAACAGGCUCACCUGGUUGGACUCUGAGAUGUUUAGAAAUGUAAGAGGAAGGUGCAUCAUAAGGCUAUAAGAAAGGAGUACUUUGUGGCAGAAUACUGCUGACCAACCCGGAUCCCUCCAUCCUACAACAAGUUACUUCCAAAGAUUUCAUCAAUCAAACAACGGUAUACAGUCAGUAAAACAGGCUCUCUCCCCUUCAGGUUCAGUUCAUUUCAUUAUGUUGGUGACUAUAUGCACACAUGCAUGAAUUGAAGAUAAGGAGAUGUAUUACAUUUGCAGGCAGUACCAUAAAUCAGUCAUCUCCUUUAACUUUAAAAUAAUAAUUUUUGAAAUAUAUGAAAGUACUGUAGGGCUUAGCUUUAUGGGAAUAUUUUUGUCGCUUGUACCUCAACAUGUUUUUUAGUUUACCAAACAAGGUAAACCUAAUGUGAUUCAAUGUGUGUGUUUUUCUCAUGAUCAAGUGUUUCAAUAGCCUUUAGCUUACUGUGUUUGCAGUAUACCUCAGCAUAUGUAUUGGUUUCAAUGGAAUCUGGUAAAAUGUCUGUGGUCCAGCACAAGAUUACAGUAGGUUUUGGUGUGUGACAUAUGCUGCAUACAUAUUUGCAGUGGAUUGCUGUAUGGCACUCAGUUGGGACUAUUUUCUGAAAUUCCACCAGGAACUACCAAAUCCACAACAAUAUUAGCCUUCAUUCAAACUGUGUUUUUGCCAUUCAGAUGUUGAAAAGUAUUUGUUUGAAAGAGGAAAUGCAGUGGACCCCAGCGCAAGCUUCCCCCAACAGCUGUAGGCUACAGGGAAAGUCUGGUAUCCCAUUGGAUGCUGGACAUUGUUGUGUUUGAGGCGGAACAGUGAUAAAAGCAAUACAGUCUAGAAUUAAAACACUGUAUUGUCCUACCCAGAUUGUCACUGUAAAACUGCAUUUCAAGCUUUUAGUUUAAUUUCAGAUAUUUUGAAUACUUUUAUUUGAAAAUGAUUUAUUUGUGGUUUGUAUUGACAUACAGUUGAAGUCGGAAGUUUACAUACACUUAGGUUGGAGUCAUUAAAACUUGUUUUUCAACCACUCCACAAAUAUCUUGUUAACUUGCUUACCUUCGAAACUCAGUGCCUGUUUGCUUGACAUCAUGGGAAAAUCAAAAGAAAUCAGCCAAGACCUCAGAAAAAAACUGUAGACCUCCUCAAGUCUGGUUCAUCCUUGGGAGCAAUUUCCAAACACCUGAAGGUACCACGUUAAUCUGUACAAACAAUAGUACGCAAGUAUAAACACCAUGGGACCACGCAGCCGUCAUACCUCUCAGGAAGGAGACGCAUUUAGUCUCCUAGAGAUAAACGUACUUUGGUGCGAAAAGUGCAAAUCAAUCCCAGAACAACAGCAAAGGACCUUGUGAAGAUGCUGGAGGAAACAGGUACAAAAGUAUUUAUAUCCACAGUAAAACGAGUCCUAUAUCGACAUAACCUGAAAGGCCACUCAGCAAGGAAGAAGCCACUGCUCCAAAACCGCCAUAAAAAAGACAGACUAUGGUUUGCAACUGCACAUGGGGACAAAGAUCGUACUUUUUGGAGAAAUGUCCUCUGGUCCGAUGAAACAAAAAUAGAACUGUUUGGCCAUAAUGAACAUCAUUAUGUUCAGAGGAAAAAGGGGGAGGCUUGCAAGCCGAAGAACACAGUGGCAGCAUCAUGUUGUGGGGUUGCUUUGCUUCAGGAGGGACUGGUGCACUUCACAAAAUAGAUGGCAUCAUGAGGCAGGACAAUUAUGUGGAUAUAUUGAAGCAACAUCUCAAGACAUCAGUCAGGAAGUUAAAGCUUGGUCGCAAAUGGGUCUUCCAAAUGGACAAUGACCCCAAGCAUACUUCCAAAGUUGUGGCAAAAUGGCUUAAGGACAACAAAGUCAAGGUAUUGGAGUGGCCAUCACAAAGCCCUGACCUCAAUCCUAUAGAAAAUGUGUUGGCAGAACUGAAAAAGCACGUGCGAGCAAGGAGGCCUACAAACCUGACUCAGUUACACCAGCUCUGUCAGGAGGAAUGGGCCGAAAUUCACCCAACUUAUUGUGGUAAGCUUGUGGAAGGCUACCCAAAGCAUUUGACCCAAGUUAAACAAUUUAAAGGCAAUGCUACUAAUUGAGUGUAUGUAAACUUCUGACCCACUGGGAAUGUGAUGAAAGAAAUAAAAGCUGAAACAAAUCAUUCUCUCUACUAUUAUUCUGAAAUUUCACAUUCUUAUAAUAAAGUGGUGAUCAUAACUGACCUAAGACAGGGAAUUUAAUUGACAGGGAAUUUAAAUGUCAGGAAAUGUGAAAAACUGAGUUUAAAUUUAUUUGGCUAAGGUGUAUGUUAACUUCCGACUUCAAUUGUAUGUUCUAUUCCAUGUCCAAAUAAAUACGGUU